AUGGUGCCCAGCAGAGUGACCAAGCUGACAUCUUCUGUAAACCAUGGAUUGCAGUUCCCCCUGAAUGGGUUUCCUCCUCCAACAGAUGACGACAUGAUGCCCAGCGGGGUGACCAGGCUGACAUCUUCUGUAAACCAUGGAUUGCAGUUCCCCCUGAAUGGGUUUCCUCCUCCAACUAAUGACGACAUGGUGCCCAGCAGAGUGACCAGGCUGACAUCUUCUGUAAACCAUGAGGUGCAGUUCCCCCUGAGUGGGUUUCCUCCUCCAACAGAUGACGACAUAGUGCCCAGCGGGGUGACCAGGCUGACAUCUUCUGUAAACCAUGAGGUGCAGUUCCCCCUGAGUGGGUUUCCUCCUCCAACAGAUGACGACAUGGUGCCCAGCGGGGUGACCAGGCUAACAUCUUCUGUAAACCAUGAGGUGCAGUUCCCCCUGAAUGGGUUUCCUCCUCCAACUAAUGACAUGAUGCCCAGCGGGGUGACCAGGCUGACAUCUUCUGUAAACCAUGAGGUGCAGUUCCCCCUGAGUGGGUUUCCUCCUCCAACUAAUGACAUGGUGCCCAGCGGGGUGACCAGGCUGACAUCUUCUGUAAACCAUGAGGUGCAGUUCCCCCUGAGUGGGUUUCCUCCUCCAACAGAUGACGACAUGGUGCCCAGCGGGGUGACCCGGCUGACAUCUUCUGUAAACCAUGAGGUGCAGUUCCCACUGAACGGGUUUCCUCCUCCAACAGAUGACGACAUGGUGCCCAGCGGAGUGACCAGGCUGACAUCUUCUGUAAACCAUGAGGUGCAGUUCCCGCUGAACGGGUUUCCUCCUCCAACAGAUGACGACAUGGUGCCCAGCGGAGUGACCAGGCUGACAUCUUCUGUAAACCAUGAGGUGCAGUUCCCCCUGAAUGGGUUUCCUCCUCCAACAGAUGACGACAUGGUGCCCAGCGGGGUGACCAGGCUGACAUCUUCUGUAAACCAUGAGGUGCAGUUCCCCCUGAAUGGGUUUCCUCCUCCAACAGAUGACGACAUGAUGCCCAGCGGGGUGACCCGGCUGACAUCUUCUGUAAACCAUGAGGUGCAGUUCCCCCUGAGUGGGUUUCCUCCUCCAACAGAUGACGACAUGGUGCCCAGCGGGGUGACCAGGCUGACAUCUUCUGUAAACCAUGAGGUGCAGUUCCCCCUGAAUGGGUUUCCUCCUCCAACAGAUGACGACAUGAUGCCCAGCGGGGUGACCAGGCUGACAUCUUCUGUAAACCAUGAGGUGCAGUUCCCCCUGAAUGGGUUUCCUCCUCCAACAGAUGACGACAUGGUGCCCAGCGGGGUGACCAGGCUGACAUCUUCUGUAAACCAUGAGGUGCAGUUCCCCCUGAAUGGGUUUCCUCCUCCAACAGAUGACGACAUGGUGCCCAGCGGGGUGACCAGGCUGACAUCUUCUGUAAACCAUGAGGUGCAGUUCCCCCUGAAUGGGUUUCCUCCUCCAACAGAUGACGACAUGGUGCCCAGCGGGGUGACCAGGCUGACAUCUUCUGUAAACCAUGAGGUGCAGUUCCCCCUGAAUGGGUUUCCUCCUCCAACAGAUGACGACAUGAUGCCCAGCGGAGUGACCAGGCUGACAUCUUCUGUAAACCAUGAGGUGCAGUUCCCCCCCUGGAUGGGUCUCCUCCAACUGAUGACAUAG